ACUUAUCUCUUGACCUAUCAAUUGUUCGGCCUUAAUUUGAAAGUAAAAACAAUGGCAUUAAACUUACUAUUAUCCUUAUUUGGAAUUCUAGUGAUCUGCAAAAAUGUGCAAGCCGAUUGUCCGAAUGGAUUUACUCGACAUGAUGACUCUUGUUACAAAGCUAUCAGAAUCCGAGCAACGUGGGCAGAAUCAACUGUUUACUGUCAUAUGUUUGGAUCAGAACUGACUUCCAUAGAAACUGAGUUAGAAAACAGAUUUGUGAUAGGCAUGCUCCAGAAUAUGAAAGGAUCUUUUAAUCCGGUAAAGUUUUGGCUUGGAGGUUCUGACAUGGCAGAGGAAGGAAGCUGGGUAUGGGCAAAAUCUGGUCAACCUUUGACCUAUACAAACUGGCAGCACGGAAAUCCCGACAAUGGGAAUGAUGGAGACGAGCAUUGUAUGGAUCUGAGAGAGGAUCACCAUUGGCAAUGGGGAGAUAACAAUUGUGAUGAACAUUUCUAUUUUGUAUGUGAAAGACCAUUAUUUGUUGGUCAAACAGUGAUUGGAUAAAUUUAACAGAUUGCUGUCAUGUAUAUGACUAGACUAUGGAAAUACCCAAUCAUACUUUUAGUUUUUAUAGUAAAAUAUAUAUGUAAAGUCUAUUUAGAUUAAAACAUAUACAUGUUCAA